AUGGAGGAACAUGAAGUCGCGAGAGCAACCGCGGAGGCAAAACAACCGGAGGAGCAGGAAGAAGAAGAGCCUGAGGCCACUCCACUUGUGAAGAAGAUUAGGAAAGCCCAUUCGGGCAAGGGAGCAAAGGCAACUCGAACACGGUCCGUUGUAGCUCCACCGCCACCAGCUCAAAUUCAACCACCACUGCAAGCUCCUGAAGCAUCUAUGCAAGAAGGGAGAACCGCCUCCGAAGACACGGAGGAGGAAGAAGGAGAAGAAGAGGAGAAAGCGGGGGAAGAGGAAGCUGGUGAAGAGGAAGGUGCUGAGGCCGUUCAAGAUGAGGAGGUGGAGAUUCUGACGCCACAGAUAAAGAGGCCGAGAGUAAAGCGGAAGCUUGACAUUUCAAAGCCUCUACUACCAGUCAAAGCCAAACCGACGACAGUCGGUAGUAAGACCAGAACAAAGGGUGAACAGAGCAAGAAGAAGAAGCCUACUGCAGUAGAGAAGGGAAAAGGCAAGGAGAUGAAGAUACCAACGGAGGUGGACGCGGAGAGAACUGAGACUAUAGAGAAUUCUAACUCCGAUGACAUCGUCGCCCCUGCAAAGCCAGUGUGA